AUGACUCACAACUGUCACAUGCCCAAACAGCGUAAUUAUUGUAGCAAAUCGGCAGCAGCCACGAAGGGCCUUAACUUCUUUAUUGAAAUGGAAGGGGAAGAUGUGGUAGCCUUGAAGAAACUGACCACUGAAGAACUGAUAGAGCGAUUGCUCUAUUUGAAGGGCCUCCAUGAAAAAGACACAAGGGAUUUUGAGGAGUACAAAACAAGUAGUCAGGAAAUGGAAGUUAUAAUGGAGCGGGAAAUUGAGGAUGCUCAGCGUGAAGCGAAGGCGGCUACAUCAAAACUUCAUCAGAUAACAGUGGAGGCUGAACGUGCUCAUGACAGACACGAAGCCGAAAAGCGUGAGUUCCUCAAGAUUGAAGAAGCCCUGCGACGAGAGGUUACACUGCUUCGUGGGGAGCAAGAAACAAACAAAGCGCGAAUUCGUGAGCUGGAACAGAAGAACGACGAUUUGGAAAGACAUGAAAGGAACAACCAACAAGAAGUUACCGAUUUAGAAAAGAAGAUCAAUGAGAUGACUGAAAAACUCACAUUGUUGGAAAAUGAACUGGUUGAAAAACAAACUACUACAGAAGAAGUUUACCGAUUGCGUGAAGAAAUGCGAGCCGCUGAGAGGCCUCUUCUCAUGGUGGGUCCUCUCAGAGCUGAGCGUCACGAUGAUACUCCAGAAGAACCCACUCCACUCGAACAACAAAAGCAACGACCGCAACAUAUUUCUUUGUCUAUCGCAUCUUCUAUAGAAGGAAGUGAGAAGAGCAAUGGUAUUCCUUAUGCUGUACGCCAUAUCAAAGAUACGAAUGGGAACGAAGACUCUGAGGUUUGCUUGCAUUCUUUUUACUAACU